GUAAGUGGCUUAACGCUUAAUUAAAGUCUGAAAAAUAAAACUGACUGAGCAUACAUGAUUUUUGUCACGUCAUAGUUAUUUAACGGUUGACAAAUUAGGUUUGUCCUGACGAAACAAGUGGCAAAUGGGCAGGGUGAUUUAGUAAUAGAACAUUAGAUUACAACAUUACGAGAAGUAACACGCAGUUAGGUAUGGUCAGUUAAAAAUACACCACGAGCCUGCAACGCCGUAAUAGAACUUGUGCCAAUACUGAACGAAAAAAAUUUAAAUUUCGAACUUUUAUAAAGUCGGUGUUAACUGCAAAAAUGGAGCUAUCGAAAGUUUUUUAUCUGUGGACAGUGCUUAAUUUUUUAGUGCUUCAUUGUGUGAUGGUUGGCACGGAGCAGAGUCCUUUUGAACUACCGGUCCAAUUAGUUGGAUUUCCAUUCAUAAUUAUGGCUGUACGAGUUACUUCAUUCCUCAAGAAAUUGUCGUACGCUCUCGAUCCAGCAACGUACCGCUCCAGGAACCGACGUCAACUGACUUUUGCAAGUGAUCCAGAGAGUUAUGACGUUCUGGAAGUGGAAAAAUAUAUCGUUGGAGAAUUCGGUGCCCGCGCAUGUGUAUUUGAGAGAGUAUGCGCACACUAUGCGGCUAGGGCCAGGAUUCAGCCAAAGCCUCAAAUGGACUGGCCAGAUGUAUUUAGCCAGUACAAACGUUCCCCAGACCAGGCCAAAGAGUUGUACCUUCUCAGCGUAUUCCUAGGAGAUAUCGUGGGGUCACCGCAACUUUGUCAUCAGCUGGGCAAGCGUCGAGGCUGCGAUGAUUCCUUACUUAGAUAGUACUUAUAUUAAAUAGGUCUAAUAAUAUGUGUCAUGCGAUUUAAAGGAUACUUUAUGGAUUAAAACGUGUUUUGUCACAAUUUUACAGUUGACGUCAGCUAUUAUGUUAGCGCAUAUCGUCAAUGUAAUAAAAAACUCCGUCGCUUGGAUCCUCCUUUUUUCCUUUAAAAAUAAAAAUAUUUUUUUUCAUUAACGAAUUUUAUUUGGCUAUUGCUUAUAAAUUUCCGAUAGACUGAAAUUCCGAAUAUCCAGACAUGUUAAAAAUAUUUAUAAAUUGUAAUUUAAACAAUCGCCUGCUUCGUCCAAAUUUAUAUUAAUUUUUAUUAUGGACGUAAUGUUAUGACAAAAUACUUAAAGUAUUUUUUUUUUAUUACGUGUUGUGUUAAUUAAAAUAAGUUUUCGAAACUCGUACUAAGAACAUAUAUUCAGUUCAUUUGUUAAUUAUUAUUGUUAAUUUGUUUAAUAGUUUAUAAGUAAAAAUGUUACCACAUCAAUUCAUGUGAUUAUUAGGUUGUUUGAACAUUUAGCUUUAUUUGUUACUGUGUGGUUAGUUAACUGAUCAAAUUUUUUAUAUAUAAUUUUACAUAGUUAUUAUAUAAGCAAUUAAGCUGCGCGCGUAAUAAGUUACCUCUAAUGAUAAAUUAUAAGAAGAUUCGGAGAUUAGUAUGUAAUAAUAUAGGUUUUAAUAACUCUUUACUGUAAUUUUGUUUAAAUUUGAUAGAAGCAUAGUUUGUACCGGAAGUUAUUAUUUAAAUAUUAUCUCUCUUCUUUUAUAUGUCACAUCCAAUACGAUUUGGCAUAGAGAAGUCGAACUUAGCGCUAAAGUCUCGUCUUUAAAAACUUAAGGGAUUUAUAUGUUUGUUAAUGUUUCUCUCAAUGCUGUCCAUCAAUGUAGCCGUAGUAUGAGUUCAAGGGCAUCUAAAGAGUAUCCCCUCAUGCAGGCAUCAGAACGUAGGCUUCAGGAUAAAGUUAAAUUUUAGCUCAACUAGUUUCGAGUGUAACGCAAACACUAGAUCCUCCCUUGUAUGUAAAUACAUAACAAUUAAUAUCUAAAACAAUGUUAAAUAAAAUCUAAUUGAUUAUUUCGACCGUUAUACUUUUGUUAUUACAGAUUUAUCACCAAAAACGUGUUCUUACUUUUGUUAAUAUAACAUUAAUCAAAUAACUUGUAUGAACUGUAUUUUAUGAUUAUAUAAAUUGUUUAGUUUUCCGUGAAUUCUUUCUUUGAGUUGCCAAUUGCAGCAAGUUAUGGGUGCAAGGUUUUUAUAUGGUGAAUGUGAAAUACAUGGAAUAAUUAUA